CAGGCAGGCAGGCGCUACUGUAGAGCGUGACGCCGGUGUGCUCUCGGAUUUAGAAACACAGCGCGCGCAGCACGGAAGUAUCGCGUUACCCCUGGAGCCGCCUUCCUUUUAGCGUGUAAAAUACAUUGUUAAAAAAAAAACAAUAAUUAUUUAAAAACAGCCCGCGAGCUCGUUUUUAUUUGUUGUUAUUAUUAUUUUGUUUUAUAGAAGCACCGCGAGGAAUCCCGGCGCGUGCGUCAUUUUGUAUGCAGCACGGAUUUGCGUUUCUGUAACGUGGAGUACAAGUGACCAUCCGCGAGCCGCACCGACCCGACCCGACCCGACCCGACACAGAACCUCCCGGUACAUUUCUACACUUCAAAAGCCACGUCAAACGAACGAGAAUGCCGCUCGCGCAGCUUGCAGAGCCAUGGCCCAAGAUGGAGCUGGUGCAGCUGGAGACGGAGAAUGGACAAAGCACAGCUGAAGAUGGAGUCGCUCCAGGGGACAAGGAAGAUGACGUCAUCAAAGAGAUCAACAUCACGCAUGUGGUCAAAGAGGGAGCGGAGAAGGCAGACCCCUCGCAGUUCGAGCUUCUCAAGGUGCUGGGACAGGGCUCCUUCGGAAAGGUGUUUUUGGUGCGGAAGGUGACACCACCUGACAACAAUCAGCUCUACGCUAUGAAGGUUCUCAAGAAGGCCACACUUAAGGUGCGUGAUCGCGUUCGGACUAAAAUGGAGCGAAAUAUCCUGGCAGAUGUCAACCACCCGUUUGUAGUCAAACUCCACUACGCCUUUCAGACGGAAGGGAAGCUGUAUUUGAUUCUGGAUUUUCUACGAGGAGGUGAUCUCUUCACCAGACUGUCAAAAGAGGUUAUGUUUACGGAAGAGGACGUGAAGUUCUAUCUAGCGGAACUGGCUCUGGGUCUGGAUCACCUGCACGGUCUUGGCAUCAUCUACAGAGACCUAAAGCCUGAAAACAUCCUGUUAGAUGAAGAGGGGCACAUCAAACUCACAGAUUUCGGCUUGUGUAAGGAGUCCAUAGACCACGAGAAGAAGGCUUACUCGUUCUGUGGGACGGUGGAGUACAUGGCCCCCGAGGUGGUGAACAGGCAGGGCCACAUCCACAGCGCCGACUGGUGGUCAUUCGGGGUACUAAUGUUUGAGAUGCUCACAGGAUCUCUACCUUUCCAAGGGAAGGACCGUAAGGAAACGAUGAACCUCAUCCUAAAGGCGCGGUUAGGAAUGCCCCAGUUUCUAAGUGCUGAAGCUCAGAGCCUGCUAAGAGCACUUUUCAAGAGAAACCCCACCAACAGAUUAGGCUCAGGUCCAGACGGUGCUGAGGAAAUCAAACGACACUGCUUCUUCUCAACUAUUGACUGGAACAAACUCUUUCGUCGGGAGAUCAAGCCACCGUUUAAACCAGCCGUGGCUCGACCCGACGACACCUUCUACUUCGACUCCGAGUUCACCUCACGCACCCCUAAAGACUCCCCAGGUAUUCCCCCGAGUGCCGGAGCUCAUCAGCUCUUCCGCGGCUUCAGUUUCAUAGCCACGGCGCUGCUGGAGGAGGAGGGCACGGAGGAGACGCCGCAGCCCCCUCCUCACCCUGUGGUCCAGCAGCUGCAUGGUAAGAACACCGUGUUCAACGAUGGAUACGUGCUGAAAGAGGACAUCGGCAUGGGCUCUUUCUCUGUGUGCAAGCGUUGCGUCCAUAAAGCCACCAACACGGAAUACGCAGUCAAGGUAAUCGAUAAAACAAACACCGAUCCUUCUGAAGAGAUCGAGAUCCUGUUGCGGUACGGCCAACACCCCAACAUCAUCACGCUCAAAGAUGUGUAUGAUAACGGGAAGUUGGUUUUCCUGGUGACGGAGCUGAUGCGAGGCGGGGAGCUGCUCGAUCGAAUCCUCAAACAGAAGGCGUUCUCUGAGAGAGAGGCCAGCGCCGUGCUGCACACCAUCACCAAGACUGUGGAGUAUCUGCACUCUCAGGGGGUAGUACACAGAGACCUGAAGCCGAGUAACAUCCUGUAUGUUGAUGAAUCUGGAAAUCCAGAGUCUCUGCGUAUCUGUGACUUCGGUUUCGCUAAACAGCUCCGUGCGGACAACGGUCUCCUGAUGACUCCCUGCUACACCGCCAACUUUGUCGCCCCUGAGGUGCUAAAGAGGCAGGGUUAUGAUGAAGCGUGUGACAUUUGGAGUCUGGGAGUGUUGCUGUACACCAUGUUAGCAGGUUUCACGCCUUUCGCUAACGGUCCAGAGGACUCGCCAGAGGAGAUCUUGGGCAGGAUAGGGAGCGGACAUUUCACCCUGACCGGGGGCAACUGGGACGCGGUGUCUGAUGCAGCCAAGGAUCUGGUAUCUAAGAUGCUCCAUGUGGACCCUCAUCAGAGACUAACAGCCCGGCAGGUGCUUAAACACCAGUGGAUUGUACAGAGAGAUCAGCUCCCUAACAGCCAGCUGCAGCACCAGGACGCCAAACUGGUGAAGGGGGCGAUGGCCGCCACCUACUCGGCCCUGAAGAGUUCCCAGCCCACCCCUGAACUCAAACCCAUCGAGUCCUCAUUUCUCGCCCAGAGACGUGUCAAAAAGCUGCCCUCCACCUCUCUGUAGAUCCACGGAGAGCACCCCGAGAGAGAGAGAGAGAGAGAGCAAGAAAAAGAGAAGAAGAGAGAGAGAGAGAGAAGGAGAGCACCACUGACGAGAACAAAAGCAGUACUGUAAGGAAAGCCACGCUGAAGCUCUGUGGACUGAAAACGCUCUCUUCACCUCGCACGUGCCAUCAGCAGGCUCACGGAGCUUAGACAAGCUGUCAAUCAAACUCGACAGUGGCUGUGAUUGGCAGCUGGAGAACGGAGUGCUGGGAUUUCAGUAUUCUGUCCGUGUGUGUGUGUUUGUGUGUGUGAGUGUAUACGUGUACGAGAGUGCCAGAUAGAGCUCCUGUUAGGAUACACUCGAUAUCGCUGGCCUGUUUGCAGUCCUGCUGUUUUGUUCCUUUAAUUUUCUUUUUCGUUCGUCUUUUGAUGUGGGUUUGUUUUUGCUUUUCAUUUUUUUGUUCUCUCUCUCGUUCGCUCGCUUCGUUUAAUGUAAGCGGAUAAAUCUGUUCGAGUCUGGACGACAAAAAGACUAAACACAGACUGGGAGUGUUUGCAAGUUUUGUUUUGUUUUUCUUCUUCUUCUAUUUUGUUUGGGACGGCUCCUCCAUUGCUACAGAUAUAAAAGCAUGUACAUUAAGACUCUGACCAAGUGCAUUGUGGGUACAGGUGGGUAGUUUUUGCAUGGCUGCUGAUGUGUAAAUUGCCGUGUCGUUGCUUCGCCAUGCUGCACAUUGCUUCGUGACGCACUUUUGCACAGGGUUCGGGUGUGUUUUGUUAAAACAAAAACAAAAAAAAAAACAUUUUUUAAUCAUAUGAAAAAAUGAUGAUGAUGAUGAAUGAAAUCUCCCAAAGCCUGAAGCUCUGUAGUGGCAUGCUUAAAGUCUUGUAUUUUUCAAAAGUGUGAUUUUUCUGGAUAUUGACUACUGUCCCUUUGUGUUUUUUCGUUGUUGGUUGCUUCUGGUUCUGUUGUUUUGUUCGUACUGUCAAAGAAAAGUAAAAUAAAAUCAUUUUAUAAAAGCAUGCUGGGUGCAAAUCAGGAAACAAAAGGGAAGAGACAGAAAGACAGAGAAGUGACUGCAGGACUUUGUUGGUGUGGUGGAGGGUUUUUUGUUUGAUCGUUUUUUUGUUGUUGUUGUUCUUUUUUUUUUUUUAUAAAUAAUCUCCUCUUCUUGUGUUCAGAUGCCAGUCAUGAAAGUGUAAAGAUUGAUUCUUUGCUGUCACACACACUUAGGAAAUAGACAAACUCUUCCCAGACCGGAGUGCAAACUUGUGUAUCUGAGUCCUUGACGAUCUCAAAGGAGCUGGGAAGCUGCCGCGACAUUGCUAAGCGUCUCCCAGAUUUCCAUCUACUGUAAAUGCAAACACCUAAAGGCAUAAACACACACACACACACACACCCCACUGUAGGAGGGACAUGCGUGCUGUCCGGUCCUAUAUUUUUUAAAUCCUCAACUGCCUACAAAACAAUCUGAACCCCGAAAAAACGAUUCAGCUUUACUUUCCAUUUUGGCCAAGCCAUGCAGGAGAGGAAGAAGUUUUUUCUCAGUUGAAGGUUUUUACUUCAUGCAUUUUUGAUGCACCUUUUUCCAAAUAAUAAAAAAAUCUAUUUGAUCAGCUGAUUUGCAGUGUCCAAUAAGGCUGAAUCAUUUUAAAGUGAUUCAGUAUGAAAUUAUUUGUAUGAAAUCAUUAAGACAAAAAAAUGCAUAAUGAAUCACUAUUAAGUUAAAGGUUCAGUUAAAGUAAUGAAUCACUCCUAAUGAUUCCCUUAAAAACCUUUUACCCUAUUUGUUUUUAAUAUUGAAUCACUUUUUACUACAUGACUCCACUGAAUCACUGAAUCUCCAGCAAAUGACUCGAUUAGAUACAGGUAUUGAAUUGUUGUUUGUGUGACAGCUGCUGGUGUUUCAUGGCCGAGAAACUACACGAAGGUCCUUUGUACUGUAUAUGUUGUUAAAGUAUACGAUCUAUAUAUUUUGUUUCUUGUGUUCAGAAGAAAACUGGCUGGAAGUUUGGUCUAAGACUUCUUUCCUACUUUAAAUGUCAGAGAUUUGACCUAAUGUGUCACUUGCUUUCAUGUCUUCUGUUUAAAAGAAAAAAAACAAAAAGAGUAAAAAUCUAAAAAUGUCUCUUUAUAGUAAGAAGGAUGGGGUGAUUUCUUUGAUGUGGGCUGUAACACUGAAACAGGUUGUGACACUGAUCCCGCGGGGUGUGCGGUGCUUUUCUGUGUGCGUUUCUAUGCGUGUACACGUGUUCCUGGGAUGACCGUCUUCUAGAGUGUAUGUUCUUGUUCACUGGAGAACCAGAGUCAGGUCUGGGUCCAGACUCCGAGUCCUGAUGUCUUUCUAUUAAAGUCAGUUUUUCUGCCCUC